CAAAUACCCUUGGUCGAAUCAUAGGUACAAGGUGAAACCACUUAAGCCUUUGCUUGCUCUAAAAAAAAGCACCAAAACACAAGUUUUGCCAUUAGAAACGUUCAAGGCACAUGCUUGGUCAGAUCAUAGGAACAAGGUGAAACGACGAAUCAUUUAUUGUCAUUACCUUGAUAUCUCAUAAAGUAGAGUAUGGAUCAUACCAAUAAUCAUGCAGGCACACGGUAUGAGGGUUAAGAAUGGUGCUUCGUAUGUGUUAUCGAAAUUCUUCCACACUUGAGCUUUGUGUUAUCCCCAUGCAUACCAAAACUCUUAAUCAUACAUCUCACUAGCCUCCCCCGAUAUCACGUGACUUUUGAUCAUAGGUAGUGUCAUAUCAAACUUAUAAGGUUAACCCUCUCAGUUAGAGAACUAUGACCUUUGCAAUGACGCGUGAAGCGUAUUCAAAAGGACAAAUUAAUUUUCCUCAUGCGAUUCUAAGUACUUUCCUCAAUCCGAGUCUUACGAUAAAUUUGGGCCAAAGCACAUGUAGCUUCCACUAACCUUUUAUGUUCAUCUCUGCCUUCACGAGAAUCUUGAUUUAUGCAUGCUUCGCAUUUUAUGCCUCAAUUGGGGUUCUUUUGCUUUAGCAGCCAGAUUGAGUAAGAGCAUUUUCGACACUUUAGCACUCGCAUAAGGGUAUACGUUUAAUUUCUUUUCCUCGAUCGUGCAUAGGGUAAAUGAAAUCAAGGGUUGUCGGAAGAUUUACCUAUGCACGUAAAAACACAUCCUCAAGUUGGCGGUCCUCUAUAAGGGUGGAACUUUUACUCGUGCUAUAGAGAAACUAGAAUCGUCUCAUAGGCUUACCCCAUCAAGAUUCAACUAGUAUCUCUUCCAAAACUCAAUUUUGUGCAAUGAGAGGUCGCCUCACACUUGGCUUUUACCGUUUUAUUUAUUAUAUCGGCAAUAUCUUGUAAGUAGACUCGUCGUGGUAGGAAUUCUGUUCGUAAUGGAGAUGGAAGAGUUAUACGCUCAAUAAUCUGUAUAGGCGAUUGAGAAUCCAACUCGCAUUACUCAAUCAUCAAGUGAUUAGACUAUAAGGUUCGAAAUUCAACAUUCGCACAUGCAUAAAGAAUAAGCAAUCGAUACUCAUCCCCCAACACUUAAACUGGACAUUGUCCUCAAUGGACACAAUAAAUAAGUUGGAGGGAGAGACAAAUGAAUAACACCUAAAAUGGUGUUAUUUAGAGCCCAUAUUUAGGUUUGUUUCGAGUAAUUUCUAGUUCUUCAUGGUUGACACAUCGUCAAUUAUACUGUAUAUUCGUUCCUCAGAGAAAUCAUUAGCGUUUUAGGGUGAAUUAGAUGAUAUGAAUGUUUUAGGUAUCAAAAGAGGGCACAAGUGUAGAUAAAGGUGCAAAAAUUGAAGAUCACGACAAAGGCAUAGAAGAUCACAGCCGGGAAUAGAGGACACGAAGCUGGAUAGCUAGAUCGCAGCCUCUGCAACGAAGAUCACGACUGCAAAGAAGGAGGCUUUAGGUGCGAACUUUUGGAGCAACCAACAAGGAAAAAACAAAAGGUUUUGAUAGUCGACUCAUGACUUUCUGCACCAUAGUACGUGAGAAAGAUCGCUGCCACGACUCACAGAUCGCGACCAAGAAGUGGGGCAUGAUCUCCUCAGCUAGUGAAGCGCAAAACGACAAGGCCCGAGAUCACGACCUUCACUUCCCAAAUCUCGCCCAUGAACUUUGCCAGUUCGUCCGUGAACUUGGCCGAGAACUUGGAGAGAUGAAAUCAAUUGUAAAAUUUCUAGUUUGAGAGAAGAAGUAGAGAGAGAAGCUGAAAGAAGAAGAAGAAGAGAAGAAUAAGGAGGAGUCAAGAAGGAAGGGAGCUCUCCCCAAUUCAAGUCUUAGGGUUUAGGGUUUAUGUUGCCUAACUCCCUUCUCAAUUAGGCUUAAUGAUGCUUAAAUAGUCAAGGUAGAAUGUCGUUCGUGGAUAUAAUCACGAUUAGGAAUGGCAAUGGGGCAGGUCUUGGGUGGGUAUCUCGAUACCCAUACCACCCCAUGGCAGGUCGGGUCUAGGUCGGGUAAUUUAUCAAAGGGCGCAGGUCGGGAAAGGUCGACCCAAUGGGUAUGUAAUUUAUGCAAAAAACAUUAGAAAUAUUCGUUAUUUUCAUUAAAGGACCAAGAAAGAAACCAUAAUAUGAUAAAAUGUAGUUAAAUUA